AUGUUUUCUCUCCCAGACUUCUCAGAUCGUAUCAGUAAGAACAAAAGAGUGGGCUAUGAGUCGGGAGAAUAUGAGAUUUUGGCGGAGGGCUGUGGGGUGAAGGAAACCCCCCAGCAGAAGUACCAGCGACUGGUUAAUGAGAUCCAGGAACUCAGUCAGGAGGUGGAGACCAUCCAGGCGACCACACGGGACAGCAGUUCAGAGGAGCGUCUGACUCCUGUCGUCCUCGCUCAGCAGGCUGCACAGCUCAAACAGCAGCUGGUCUCUGCCCACCUGGACUCACUGCUGGGACCACAGGCACAUAUUAAUCUAGCUGACCCAGAUGGAGCACUGGCCAAACGCCUGUUAACCCAGCUGGAGGCAGUGAGGGCCAGUAGGGGCAGUACAGGGGAGGGGAAGGCCCCAGCAGCUAAAGGUCCUGACGGUGUGGUGUUGUAUGAGCUACACAGCCGGCCAGAGCAGGAGAAGUUCACAGACGCUGCCAAGAUGGCAGAGUUGGAGAAGCGUCUUUCAGAGCUGGAGACUGCUGUGGGUUCUGGAUCAGACAAACCGGGACCUCUGAGUGCUGGGGUGCAGGGAGGCAGUCUCAUGGACACUAUGGAGCUUCUUCAGGCGAGGGUCAGUGCUCUGGACUCAGCCACUCUGGACCAGGUGGAAGCCAGGCUGCAGCGCGUCCUUGGAAAGAUGAAUGAGAUUGCGAAGCACAAAGCAACCAUUGAAGAUGCUGGCACACAGAACAAGGUUAUCCCUGUGGCCAGGAGGUUUUCUAACCACCAGGAGAACUACUCGGCCCAACAGUAG